AUGAGCACAUGGGAAACAGUAGUAGACAACAUUCCGUCGAGUUUUUGCCCUCGGUGUGGAGCUUAUUUGAUAUUGAGUAUUCAAGGAGACAUUACAUGUGAAGUAUGCGGCCUUGUUAUUAAAGGAAAUACAUUCAAGUAUGAGCCCAUCGAAACAACAUCUUCAAAUUACCAAGUCAACAGUAAAAAACAUAUCGACAACAAAAUCAAAGAAAUUCUCCCAACAGGGGCUAUUGUCUAUGAAAAAUGCCCUGCUUGUGGAAACGAGACAAUGCAUUACCACUCCGCUCAAGUCCGUUCCGUUGAUGAAGGUCAGACUGUCUACUACGAAUGUCCAAAUUGUGGCCAUCAGGAGACUAUUAACACUUAA